UGUGGCUCGGCAGCCUUCCGCUUUGGUCUAGCCCGCGCGCCCGUCCCGUGACGCGCCCGAGCCUCCCCCCCAAGCCCGAGGCCGACGACAUGGCCGGGCCCCGCCGCUGCCGGGCCGGCACCCGCGCCCUCGCGGCGGCAGCCGCCGCCUGCCUCGCCGCGCUCUGCUGCGCGGCGAGCCGCGGCUUCGCGCCCGCGCCGGGCGCCGGCGAAGCGGCGCGCGCGCCCCGCCCUGUUUCUGGCGCCACCGCGCCGGCGCCCGAGGCGGCGGAGGGGGCCCCGGCGGCGGCAAAGGCCGCCCUCGCUCUGGGGGCCGCGGGCGCGCUCGCGCUGGCGGCCGCGAGGCCCGCCGGGGCCGGCCGCCGGGGCCCGCGGGUCGCGCGCGGGUUGCUGCCGCCCGAGGAUCAGAAGGGCUACGUCGGCAACGCGCUGGGGUACGUGACCCUGUGGACCAACUUCAUGCUGGGCUUCUUCGGCUCGCUGUACGGCGGCAUCGUGCGCGAGAUGGCCAGGCCAGGGCCCCUGAAGUUCAUCAUCCCCAUCCUGGCGAUCAGCAUCAUCACCUUCCUGGACCUACGUCACCCUCCGGCUCAUGACCAACAACCCCAUCUUCUGAGCGCCGCCAGAGGUCCCUCCCACCUCGUCUUUUUUUCUCUCUCUCGCUCUCUCUGCGCGCAUGUUGCAUUACUGUGUCUCCGAUCUGUCUCGUUCACAGGCUUUUCAUUGGACGUUCCCCUCCCGUCCUGUUGUCGGCGUAGCCACUCCAAUUUAUAUUCAGCGGCGCUCUUUGCAAGCGCGUGUUGCGCUUGCAUCGUGCCGGCAGUCGUGUGAACCCGCCGCCGUCGCCUGCCUGGUAGUUUUUAGUGCACAUUGGGCGUUUUCCGCGUCUGCAAACAGGCAGAUGCGCUUCUUCCACACUCUCUUCCCCUUGGCAACACACAGCAGGCAGCGACGAGCGCUUCACGCGCACCUGCGAACACCUUUUCCCGCUCCUCCUCCUCCUCCUCCUUCUCCUCUCCCCUCCUCCCUCCCCUAGGGGGCGGGGGGCACCAUCCUGUUUGAGGCCCGACCGGGCGGGUCCCCUACGUCGCCCCCGCCAGUCCGAGGCAGGGCGCGCGCGAGGGGCUUGUGGAGCUGUCGGCGGAGCGCAGCUGAGAA